AUGGCCACCCCUAGUGUUCUCACCUUUGACGCUGAGGGUCGGGCAGUUGACUUUGAGGUCUGGGUAGAUGAUCUGCAGCUUUUCCUACAGUGCGAUAGGGCAGACGGUCUCUCCCUAUUUGACCUCACUUCUGGUGCCUCUCCUGCCCCUACUGCUGAUGCUAACGCCACUACCUUGUACGACGCUGUAGUUGCACGCUACUCUUCCCCUGCCACUGCUGCACUGAGCCGCCUCAUGCUACCGUACCUCUUCCCUGACCUUGCUGCCUUUCCCACACUCGCUGAUCUCAUCACGCACCUCCGCACUAGUGACACUCGCUACCGCGCUGCGCUUCCUGCUGAGUUCUGCGCCAAGAACCCCCCCCCCCCCAUGUACAUCACCCUCUACUACAUAGUCACCCGGCUCCCUGACUCUCUCCGCGUAGUCCAGGACCACUUCCUCUCAGUUUGCCCCACCACACUCACCGUUGACCUCCUCGAGAAGGGCCUCCUAGCAGCAGAGAAGAGCAUUGUCGCUGUAGGAGCCUCUCGUGGUGACCCUCGCACCCCCGUCUUUGAGGGGUGUUCCCCCUCCCCCCUCUUGCCCUCUAUUGCCUCUGGUGCUGCGGCCGACCUCGUUGGUUUCGAGUCGGUCGGCGCUGCGUCUGCCCCGAACGGGAGACGCCGCACCGGCAAGGGCAAGGAGGGCAAGGGCGCUGGAGGGGCUGGCGGGGGCGGUGGCGGUGGUGGUGGAGGCAGUGGAGGGGGUGGGGGUGGUGGUGGGAAUGGUGGCGGGGGUGGAGGUGUCGGUGGCAGCAGUGGAGGCGGAGGAGGCGGCAGCGGUGGCGGAGGGAGCGGAGGCGGCGGAGGUGGUGGAGGCGGCGGAGGUGGCGGAGGUGGCGGAGGCGGCGGCGGCAGCAGUGGACCUGGUCGCGACUCUGCGCAGAGAAGUGGCUCCGGUGGUGGUACGCGCCAGCAGCAGAAGAGCUGUCGUGAGACCCUGUCCCCUCAGCAGCUUCGUGAGUGGUACGCUGCGCGUCAGCGCGGUGGGGGUACGGGUCCCUGCACCUACGUUCUCCGCACCGGCGACCGCGCUGGUGAGCAGGCGGGGCUUGCUAUCUUUGAUCUUGAUUUUGAUGCUAUUCUCGCUGCCAUGUAUGCUGUUGAUGAUAGUGUUGCGGGUGACUGUUACCUGUGUGUGCCGCCUGACCCGGGCAUUGAGGCUGCUGCUCUAGGUGCUAGUGCGUCUGCUGCCCCAGGUGCUAGUGCGUCUGCUGCCCCAGGUGCUAGUGCGUCUGCUGCCCCAGGUGUUGGUGAGUCUGCUCUCUCAGGUACUACGUCGGCUCAGGCCUUACACACCUUCACCCUUGACUCGGGUGCGUCCCGCUCCUUCUUUCGAGACCGCACCACUCUUACGCGGCUCAAUCGGCCGCUUGCAGUCUCCCUGGCGGACCCCUCUGGGGGUCCUGUCCUUGCUAGCUUCUCCACUGUCUUACCGUGCCCGGCAACCCCCUCUGGCACCCUGUCAGGUCUCUACCUCCCCUCGUUCUCUACGAACUUGGUGAGUGGAGCGGACCUACAGGAUAGGGGUGUUGACCAGUUCACUCCUGUGAGUCAGCGGGUGACCCUUUGCACGUGUGUUUGGACAGGCCGAUACUUGGCCACGUUCACCCGUCCGCCAGGGUGGAGCCUCUACACCCUUACCACUGAGUCUCCUCCGGCUGCUGAGUCUGGCCAGGUAGCUGCGUCGAGUCAGGUGUUUGCUGCAGCGUCCAGGUUUGGUCCUGAGUCUGCUCCCUCCUUGUUGAGAUAG